AUGUUUGGUUGUUGCAGGGAUCGUAAUGUACCUCCUAACAGCACUGAAGUCAUAUCGCAGACCAGGUUGCUGUCCCUUUCUUCUGGGAGUGUUCAUGGGCAUGAUUAUGACCACAUGCUAGCUGAUGAGAUGGCAAAGAGAGUCCGGGUUUUCGCUGUCAUUCUUACGAUGCCCAAAUCCAAAGAGGUCAAGGCUGUUCACGUAAAGGCCACAUGGGCACGGCGUUUCAAUGGCUACGUAUUUGUUAGUUCUGAGGAGGACAAAAAUUUGCCAUCGAUCCGGGCGGUGUCCAGCGAGAGUCGAAAUGUACUGUGGGAGAAGACACGUCAGGGUCUACUCUACGCCUACGAAAAUCAUUUUAACGACUAUGAUUUCUUUAUGAAGGCUGACGAUGAUACCUAUGUGAUCGUGGAAAAUUUGCGCUUCAUCCUCCUUAAAUGGGAUCCAAAUGAGCCCAUUCUAAUGGGUAGGCGGUUCAAAAAAUUCGUAAAGCAGGGCUACACAUCCGGAGGUGCGGGCUAUGUCCUUUCUCGUGGAGCUCUGAAACUCAUCGCCAAGGGUAUGAAUGGUGACAUUAGAGGCUGCCGCAAGGGCCGAGGAGCGGAAGAUGUUAAUCUUGGAACUUGCGCUGAAGCCGUGAAUGUGACUCUAGUGGAUAGUCUGGAUGAACACGAACAGGAAAUUUUUCAUCCCUUUCCCCCUGCUUAUAUGAUUGACAAAAAGACCAUGGAGGCAACCUCUUGGGUGCACUCCUAUAAUUACUUCCCUAUCAGAACGGGCCUCAAUUGUUGUAGCGAUCACUCUGUGUCUUUCCAUUAUGUUUCCCCGUCCGAGAUGUACACACUGGAUUACCUCAUAUAUCACUUGCAUCCGUACGGAAUCGCCAGAGAUAUCGAGCAGUACGACAAACUAUUGAACUUGCGAAACGCUACAUGA